ACGUUCACAGUUCAAAGUCCACAGCUGAUGAGUCGGCCUCAAAACUGUUGGUUCAACAUAGCAUACGAUCCCAACCUAUUUCCUAAGUCAUGGAGAUCAGAUUUGACGGGAAGAAGGCUCUCGUGACUGGAGCAGGGAAAGGUAUUGGCCGUGAUGUAGCUAAGACCAUGUAUAAGUGCGGUGCUGAGGUGUUUGCUCUCAGUAGGACUCAGGAAGACCUGGACAGUCUGGUACAAGAGUGCCCAGGUAUCCACCCUGUUCAGUGUGAUCUUGCAGACCCAGAAGCCACCAAGUCAGCGGUGGAGUCAGUUGGACCCAUCGACCUUCUGGUCAACAAUGCUGGGGUCACGUCACUGCAGCCGUUCCUGGAAGUCACCUUGGAUGCUUUUGAAAAGGUGAUGAACAUCAAUGUGAGAGCUGUCAUGCAAGUUUCACAGAUAGUUGCCAAAGGAAUGGUGGAGCGAGGCACGGGAGGUUCUAUUGUUAAUGUGUCAAGUCUGGCCUCAAAAAGUGCAUUGAAAGAACAUACUUCAUACUGUACUUCUAAAGGAGCGUUGGACAUUAUGAGUAAAGUGAUGGCUCUGGAGCUUGGGCCACACAAGAUCCGUGUGAACACAGUAAACCCUACUGUAGUCAUGACAGACAUGGGGCAAAAGGUGUGGGGGAGUGACCCGGCCAAGUCAGGACCCAUGCUGGCCAGGAUACCUCUGGGCAAGUUUGUAGAGGUAGAAGACGUGGUCCAUGCCAUCCUGUUCCUGUUGAGUGACAAGGCAGCCAUGAUGACUGGAACAAACCUGCCAGUAGAGGGAGGCUUCUCCGCCACUUAACCAGAAAAUCACCUUCUUUCACUUGUUUA